AUGGCUUCUUCUUCUUCUUCUUUCAAAUCUUACACAACAAUCCCAAUCCUUUUCAUUUUUGUUGCUUUCGUAUGUACUCCUGUCAUGUCGAAUCCUGUCUUGUCGGAUUCUAGUAGCAGCAAUCAGACUCUCUGGCCGCGCCUUGACCUGCAAAAGUUGAAUAGAAUAAGAAAUUAUCUCAAGAAGAUAAACAAGCCUGCAGUCAAGACAAUUCAGAGCCCAGAUGGUGAUUUGAUCGAUUGUGUUCUAUCUCAUCUUCAACCAGCUUUUGAUCACCCUCUGCUCAAAGGCCAGAAGCCAUUGGAGCCGCCAGAGAGACCUAAGGGACAUGAUUCAAUGAAUUCAACGGGAUUUCAGCUAUGGACAGAAUAUUCCGGCAAAACAUGUCCUGAAGGUACUAUUCCUAUCAGGAGAACAACGGAGAAAGAUCUUCUCAGGGCUAAUUCAAUUCGCAGAUUCGGACGAAGAAGGAUCAGAACAGGGGUCCGGCGAGACACCAGGAGCAGUGAUCAUGAGCACGCAGUUGCUUUCGUUAAUGGAGAUCAGUAUUAUGGAGCAAAGGCCAGCAUAAAUGUGUGGACACCCCAAGUAACAGACCAAUAUGAAUUCAGUCUCUCUCAGCUAUGGGUUAUUUCCGGCACAUUUGGCAAUGAUCUUAAUACCAUUGAAGCUGGUUGGCAGGUCAGCCCGGAGUUAUAUGGAGACAAUUAUCCUAGGUUCUUCACUUAUUGGACGACAGAUGCAUACCAAGCAACAGGAUGCUACAACUUAUUAUGCUCUGGCUUCAUCCAAAUCAACAACAAAAUUGCUAUUGGCGCAGCAAUCUCUCCAAGGUCGUCUUACAAUGGCAGACAGUUUGAUAUUGGCAUAAUGAUCUGGAAGGACCCCAAACAUGGACACUGGUGGCUAGAAUUUGGUUCAGGACUUCUUGUGGGAUACUGGCCUUCUUUCUUGUUCAGCCAUUUACAAAGCCACGCAAGCAUGAUACAAUUUGGAGGAGAAAUAGUGAACACUAAAUCCAUGGGAUUUCACACAUCAACACAAAUGGGCAGUGGCCAUUUUGCAGAUGAAGGAUUUGGCAAAGCAUCUUAUUUCAGAAAUUUGCAAGUUGUUGAUUGGGAUAACAGUUUGAUACCACUUUCUAAUCUUCAUUUAUUAGCUGAUCAUCCAAAUUGUUAUGAUAUAAAAGCUGGAAAAAAUAAUGUUUGGGGAAAUUAUUUUUAUUAUGGAGGUCCUGGAAGGAACUCAAGGUGUCCAUAA